UUGCUGUUGGCUGCUGAAAUGGUCUCGAAAUUAUUUUUCCUUAUAAUUUUCGUCACUUGUUACAUUUCUGUGAGUCCUGAAUGUGACUCUGAGCAAUGUCAAGUACAAGAAGAUGAAGAAGAAGUUCAAAAUUUGUACAGCAAAGGUGAUAACGUCAUUUUCCAACAAAUAAAUGAAGCCUUUGAAGCUUAUACGCCAUGUCAGAACGGAAAUAACUGUUCUUGCUACUUACCCGUCAUAAAUGCCGACUUAAAACCCUUUUCCAAGGGAAUUCAGAAGGAAAUGUUGAUGGCAAUUCGUGAUCGCGGCACGAAAUAUCAAAUUUUCAAUCACAAAUUGUAUCGCGAGAAGGAUUGUUUGUUCCCUGCGAGAUGUUCCGGAGUGGAAUACUUCAUAAAACCGCUGCUCGAGAAGCUGCCCGACAUGGAUCUCAUCAUAAAUUGCCGGGAUUGGCCUCAAAUCAACAAAAAUUGGGGAAUGCCACUUGCUCCGAUUUUUUCUUUUAGCAAAACUCCCGAUUAUCUCGACAUAAUGUAUCCCGCAUGGUCAUUUUGGGAAGGCGGACCUGCAAUUUCUUUGUAUCCAACGGGACUUGGCAAGUGGGAUGAACAUCGAAAGCGUUUAACAAAAGCUGCAGAUCUCCCAUGGGAUAAAAAACUGAAAAAAGGAUUUUUCCGUGGAUCUCGAACGUCAUCGGAGCGCGACAACCUCAUUUUACUGUCGCGCGACGACAUGAGUCUCGUUGACGCGCAAUACACGAAAAAUCAGGCGUGGAAAAGUAUCGCCGAUACACUCGGACAAGAACCAGCAUCGGAAGUCAGCUUGGAAGAACAUUGCAAAUACAAAUAUUUGUUCAAUUACAGAGGAGUAGCUGCCAGUUUUCGCUUCAAACAUUUAUUUUUAUGCAAAUCUUUGGUAUUUCACGUCGGCGAUGAAUGGAAAGAAUUUUUUUACGACUCGCUGAAGCCUUGGGUGCAUUACGUUCCCGUCAAAUCCGAUGCCAGCAAGCAAGAAAUUCGCGAAUUACUUGAAUUUUUCCAACGAAAUGACGAUUUAGCACAGAAAAUUGCUGAAGCCGGUCAUGAACAGAUCUGGUCCAACUUGAGAAUAAAAGAUGUUAAAUGUUAUUGGAGGAAAUUACUGUUGAAAUACGCAAAAUUACUUAAAUACAAAGUUGAAAAGGACAAAGAUCUCAUUCCAAUUUACUAAAAUAAAUAUUUUUUUUAAGUGCA